AUGUCGGACUACACCAACCUUCCAGAUUUUGAUAGCCUCCCCAAGGUAAAGGACAUGCCCCAGGGCUGUGCGUGGGGUCUGUUCGACAAGGAUGGUAAGAAGGAUCAUCUUGGCUGCUUGAACCUCUUGACACCAAAGGUCGUUCAGCAAGCCUUCAAAGAGGCUCGUGACGGCGUCUCCGUCUCGCUCAACUGGCCCAUCGGUGCCAUUCAAAAACCGGGCUUUCUUCGCAAGGGUCUUGAACAUAAGGUCCUCUCCUUCAAAGACAGCCCUUAUGACAUUCAUGGCUACGACGACGAGAUUGAAUUCAACACUCAAUGUUCUUCACAGUGGGACUCUCUCGUCCACUUUGCUCAUCAACCUACCGGCCUCAAUUACAACGGAGCCAAGCCCGAAAAACAAGAUCUCGUUCAAUCCUUCGGCAAUGUUGAUGUCGAAAAGACCCUUCCAACUCUCAACCAUUGGCACGAUCGUGGCGGGUUGGUCGGUCGUGGAGUCCUCCUCGAUUAUCGGGCCUACGCAGAAGCCAAAGGGAUCAAAUAUGACUGUUUCUCCGCCCAUGCCAUCACAAUCAAAGAUCUCGAGGCCAUCGCUGCCCACCAGGGAACCGAGCUCAAACACGGCGACAUCUUGAUCAUUAGGUCUGGCUUUACAGAAGACCUAGGUGCGGGUACUGCAGAGGAGCAGGAAAAGAUGAUUGGCACCCAUUCAUCCAUUGGCGUGGAGGGCAACGAAGCCGCCGCAAAAUGGUUCUGGAAUCAUCAUUUCGCCGCCGUCGCUGGUGACGCAAUCGCCUUUGAGGUGACACCGCCGUCUAGACCUGAUGGAACCAAGGCUGGGAUUGGUGAGCUAGUGCUCCAUCAGUAUUUCUUGUCUCUGUUCGGACUGAACAUCGGUGAACUUUGGGACCUCAAGGCCCUGGGAGCUCACUGCAAGAAGAUUGGACGAUAUAGCUUCUUGCUCACCAGUGUCCCACUCAAUGUCCCAGGAGGCGUUGGGAGCCCACCGAACGCCCUGGCAAUCUUUUAAAUGUGAAAAACAUUGAUUCAUGCGUAGC